UUAUCCGACAAAAAUAAGUCCAACAUUGAAUGGAUGUUGCGUUCGUUUAACCCUGAACCGCUGGAAUUUUAUCGAUACUUGAAUCGUAAGACGAAACGUAUCGCUACGAACGCAUAUUUUGAUGCUCUUUCAUUUGUUUUAAAAUUAUCAGAAAGAAUUCCCAAAGAGAGAAUGGCUUUAUUUCAGGAAAUUCAGGAAAAAUGGAAGAAUGGAGUUUUCAAUAAAGACUGGAGUGUGUAUGUCGCGGAAAAAUCAGCGACAAUAUCUGUAAUGGCGUGUUAUAAUAUCCAAAGGAGUUAUAAUCGUGAGGUUUCUUCUCACUCCUUAAAACGCAAGCGCGAUUACCCGGUAACACCAAACAAACCGAUUAUCCGACCAGAGAUGGAAAGAAUGUACCCGCAAAUGUCUUUCACGAAAAGAGUUAAGGCUGUUGUUCUUGAAGAUGAAUCAAAAGAAGCUGAGUCAGGAAAGGAUGGUCAAAAAACUGAGGUUACUUUCGAAGAUGGCUCAGAAGAUGAAUCAGAAGAUUUAGAAAACGAUGAUCAAAGAGCUUUUGAAGGCGGGUUGGAAGGUUUGGAGAAAGAUGGUCAGAAUAAUCCAUUCAUAGCCAUAGACUGGCAUGCGUGGCUAGAAAGAAUUCUGGAAUUUCCGAUUGAAGAAGCCCGAACUAAAAUUUUGACAUAUCAAUAUACACCUACAAAUGGAUUCGAAGAAAUCAUGAUUAAGUAUAUCGGAAAAGUGCUUAUGGACUUCAUAAACAAAAUAAUCGAUAUUCCCGGUCAUGUAAUGACCAUUGACGAAGUUGAAAGAGAUUGGAAAUUUUCUCCGCUAUUCACUUUUAUGCAAGCGACGUUCGUAAACAAGAUUAAAUUUCACUGGAUUGAACACGAUAUUGAACCAACACACAAACGACUUGUAUCCGAAGGCAAUACUACAAACAAAGGUCGAAUGAAAGCGGAUGUAGUUGGAGUCCGGCUUUCAGACAACCGGCAGGUUGUCUUUUUGGAAAUGAGUGGUGCUCCAACAGACUUUUUAAAGGUGCAUUCAGUUGGAGAUACAUGUAAGACGCUCCAAGAACGAAUUGAUUCCCUAAAUUCAAUGCUUUUAAAUUAUUUAAAUUAUGACGUAAGAUUCGCAGCUAGAAUUCGUUCACUAACGAUUCAGGGGAUUAGAGAUCGACUAACUCUUAGAACAAUAUUUUUAAGAGGAAAAGAUGACUAUAGGGAUGAAGAAGAAUUUUCUGCGAUUUUUCCACUUAGUUGGGACUUCCGGUUCCAAUUCAUUGAAAUAUUUGAAUUGAUGGA